AUGGGGACAGAAUACAUCCAGGCUGGUGCCUGUGUGGCUCCUGACGAUGAAUUUAACGUCAUGUGUGCUUUGGAGUCUUCCCAGUGUCCUUUGGGACAUUCCUACAUUUCCAACCGCGAACUCAAAGGCGGUUUGAUAUUGAACUCGGCUGCCAAAGCCUGUCUUUCUUUGGAAAAAACAAAAGAUGUCAAGUUGGGACGUUGUCUCAAUCGACAGGUUGAUGAUUUCAUCUGUACCUCGCACAAUACGGCAUGUGCUCUAUCAGUUCAAUUCAAUCCAUUAGACGAAGAAUGCAACUUGAGGGAUGAUUUGACAAACGAACGAGCCACAUUUUAUAGCCGAUGCUGGUUUGAUCAAGAUUUGAAUUUCUGUGUCUGGGACAUGACAGAAUGCACUGGAGGGCCCCUUCUUUUCAACACGGUUACUCCAGCUUCCCAAUAUCAAAAUUGCAGAUGUGAUGAAGUCCGAACCGGAGCUUGCUACCAUGAAGCAAGCGACUCCUACACUUGUGCCGUGUCAGCCUUGGGAUGUGAUUCCGAGUCUACAUAUGUUCGGUGGCAAGAUUUAUAUUUUUCGGAUGCUACUCGCCACAUUGACUGUCAGCUGUGUAACAAGGUUCCACCAAAAUCACCCACUCGAGCCCCAACUACACCAUUUGUUUCCCCAUCCUUGCCAUUUUCUACCUCUAGUGAUCAGACUGCUUCGGCUACCCCCAUCGAACAGAGCACUCUUAGAUCCGGCGAAUUAGCAGCGGCUGUUGCAAUCCCAACACUUUUCUUGGCUCUUAUCGUGGCCUGUUGUAUUGGACGGCGACAGAUGGUAAUGUUUUCCUCGACCACCAUUGGUUUCAAUGAGGACGAUGAAGUAGGGGAUGAUGCAGACGAAGAUCAGCAGGGGCUUGAAUCACAUCAGAAUGAAAUUCUAGAAGAGGCCGAAUUUCAAUUGGAUAAGGACAAAGAAAUCACGUAA